AUGGGCUCACAGGAGCUGUGGAGCAAGGGAUCAUAUGAGCUUACAGGAGCUGUGGAGCGGGAGGGAAUACACAAGCUCACAGGAGCUGUGGAGCAGAGCACCAUUCAUAACGGAUACUCCUUCUCACAGUGUGUGGGAGGGAGAGAGUCCAGGCCCGAGCCUCAGGGGGACGGGGCCCCCCCUGCCCCCCCUUCCCCUCCUCCUCCUCCUCCUCUGCCCCCCGAGCCGGCCGCCCCCCCCGAACCUGAGGAGGAGAUCCUGGGCUCCGACGAUGAGGAGCAGGAGGACCCAGCCGACUACUGCAAAGGUGGGUACCACCCUGUGAAGAUCGGGGACCUCUUCAACGGGCGCUACCAUGUGAUCCGCAAGCUGGGAUGGGGCCACUUCUCCACCGUGUGGCUGUGCUGGGACAUUCAGGGAAAGGGGUUUGUGGCCAUGAAGGUUGUAAAGAGUGCCCAGCAUUACACAGAGACGGCUGUGGAUGAGAUUAAACUGCUCAGAUGUGUUCGAGAGAGUGACCCCGGAGACCCCUACAGGGACAUGGCGGUGCAGCUCAUUGACGACUUCAAGAUUUCAGGAGUCAACGGGAUCCACGUGUGCAUGGUGUUUCAGGUGCUCGGGCAUCACCUUCAGACAGGUUGCAGGAGGAGUGAUUGCUGUUCUCUCUGUGCUUCUCUCUGUGCUGUCCAGGUGCUGCAGGGUCUGGAUUACCUGCACAGUAAGUGUAAGAUCAUCCACACGGACAUCAAGCCAGAGAACAUCCUGAUGUGUGUGGACGAUGCCUUCGUGAGGAGGAUGGCAGCCGAGGCGACAGAGUGGCAGAAAGCAGGGGCACCCCCUCCCUCCGGCUCUGCAGUGAGCACAGCACCGCAGCUAAAGCCAGUUGGAAAGAUCUCCAAGAACAAGAAGAAGAAGCUGAAGAAGAAGCAGAAGCGUCAGGCGGCGCUGCUGGAGAGGAGGAUGCAGGAGAUCGAGGAGCUGGAGCGGCAGGCGGAGCUCACCAGAGCCCAGGAGCUGCUGCUGCAGAGUGGGAGCCCCACCCACACAGAGCAGGGGGAGGGCAGCCCUGCCACACAGCAACCCCCAGCCAGGGCACUGCACUCCACCAAGAGGGAGGAGGAGGAGGAGGAGGAGGAGGAAGAGAGGGGGGGGUGGUGUGAAGACCACAGAGACAGAGCAGAGGAGCGGUGUGGGGAGAAGCAGGACCAGGAGAAGGAGGAGGAGGAAGAGAGGAGGAGGAGGAGGAGGAGGAGGAACCAGAGCAGGAGAGGGGGGGCUGACCCCCACGCCGAGGCGGAGCACAGCAGCUCAGACGGCCGCUGCUCUUACAGCAGCUCUUACGAACACUUCAAUGGAGAGGCUCUCCGGCCGCCUAACGGCCGACACAGAGGCUCCUCCCCGCGCUUCCCCGACUUCGAGACGCCGCCGCCUUGCGGAGCAGACCCCUCCAACUACACUGAGCGCGAGGGCAGCAGCCUAUCCUGGGGCAGCAGAACUGUGUCAGCUUCCAGCACCGGGGACCAGCCCAAGACCAAGACCCGCGCUGCCGACCUGCUGGUGAACCCCCUGGACCCCCGCAACGCAGACACCAUCCGCGUGAAGAUCGCUGACCUCGGCAAUGCCUGCUGGGUGCACAAGCACUUCACUGAGGACAUCCAGACCCGGCAGUACCGCUCUAUCGAGGUUCUGAUUGGAGCCGGCUACAGCACGCCCGCGGACAUCUGGAGCACCGCCUGCAUGGCAUUUGAGCUGGCGACAGGAGAUUACCUGUUUGAGCCUCACUCUGGAGAAGAUUACUCAAGGGAUGAAGACCACAUAGCACACAUCAUUGAGUUGCUAGGCAGUAUCCCACGGCACUUUGCUCUGUCUGGAAAAUAUUCUCGGGAGUUCUUCAACCGCAGAGAUCACAUUGCACUGAUCAUUGAACUGCUGGGAAAACUCCCCCGAAAGUUUGCUAUAUCUGGGAAAUAUGCCAAGGAGUUUUUCACCAAGAAAGGGGAGCUGCGGCACAUCACCAAGCUGAAGCCCUGGAGCCUGUUCGACGUUCUGCUGGAGAAGUAUGGCUGGCCAGCUGAGCAGGCAGCCCACUUCACUGACUUCCUGCAGCCCAUGCUGGAGAUGGUGCCGGAGAAGAGGGCGUCUGCAGGGGAGUGCCUCACACACCCCUGGCUCAGCUCCUAGCAGCAGCCCCCUGAGGCAGGGGCCAGCCCUGCUUCUGAGUGACACACGCUGCACCAAUACCCCCAACCCCCCUCCCCUCAAGCGCACACACACAUGCAUCCUGAGGGGAGGACAGCCAUGCUCAACGAUGCAGCCUUUCCAGUGCAGUGGAAUGGAGUUGUGAGGGGGCUGCCUCUCCCACCCCUCUCAGACACUUUAAACAUUUUCUCUUUCUCUGUGUGUCUUGUGGUGUUGUGCUAAAAAAAAAAAAAAAAAAGAAAAAAAAAAAAAAGAAAACAUUAUCAAAGUGUCCGAUUUCUGAAUCUAGUUAACAAAGAAAAUAAUUUUCCAAGUGUUUUUGGCAGUUUUUUGUAACUAUUUAUGGAUAUUUUAGCUGCUAAUGUAUUAAAUGGUACAGCUUGGCAGGCAGGGAGGUGGAGGUGCUGGGUGCUGCAGCAGGGGCUGGAUCGCAGUGAGCACGCUUUUCCACAGGACCAGGAAUCACAAGCUGCGUUUGCAUGUUCCUGAUAUUGCCUGCAUUUGAAUGGGGCUGUUACAGGUUUCUGAUAUCGAUCACAGCAAAGCAGUGCAUACACACAAUUUUAUGACUGUUUAAUUUUCGGGGAGAGGGGAGAGGGGAGACUCUCACACAACCCCUGUACUCCGCUCCCGAGUCAGAGCAGGAGUGGUCUCUCUCUCACCCAGCCCCUCCACUAGCAGGACAGAUCUGUGACUGUCUUCCUGUUAAACUUUAUAUCUUGUGCUUCCCUCUGAGACAGAGUCAGAGCUCAUGUGUGCUGCUCGCGCUGCCAUGUGGAUGCAGUGCUGGGGAGGUUGGGUUUCGCUUGUCUGCGCCUUGCCUCAGCGGAUUGCAUGUCCCUGGGUGUGUUUGUUUGCACAAGCGCAUUCACUCAGUGAGAACUCUUUGCAAGCCUGAUCCAGAGCUCUGGACUGCAAGCAGCUUUACCAGAUUGAGCCCUCUGGUGGUUCUGAGAUGUACUGCAGGUGCGGCCCCCUUUAUAGACCAUUCCAAGCCAGAGCCGUGCGGUGUGUGAGCCCCAGCCCCCAGCCCCCAGCAAUCCUGUGUUAUAGCAGAGGUAUGGUUCUACAGUGACUAAAUAGAGCAUGAUGACAAAUAACAUUUUGUAUGUGUAGAGCUGCUAUUUUGUCACACAAAAAAAUCCUUUGUAUGUUAUUUUGUUUCUUUCUUGUAAAGUUAACAAAGAGAAAAUAUUGAAAAAGUACAAGUUUGUAUGUUAUGUGAAGCUCAAGGGUGAGCAGUUUUCAAGAGCCCUCAAUCUGUGGCACUGUGUUCUUAUCAUUGCAGUCUAUGCCCCCCGCAGUAACAUUACAAGAGGGUGCCCUGUAGCUGCUGUCAGCUUCACAGUGCCCUUCACAGAGUCCUAUGUAGCUUUGUAUAUAGGAAUUAUUUUUUCAUGCCUCCUCUCGCUGUGUUACUGUGAUGUUAAACUGCAUUCCUGGAGCGUGUCUGCUGGCAGCCUAGCGCCCUCAAGUGUGCGGGGGAGUUGCUCCUGAAUCUCUUUUGAAUCCCCUCAGCUCUCCCUCAUUCCAGUUGUCCAUUUGCCUAUUUUUGCAAUAAACUAGAUGGUGAAAUAUUUAAAAAUAAAAUCUCUGGUGUUGUGACAGUAAUGU